UAAGGUUUACUCCUUAGGAACAUGGGUCCUCAGAACUCUCCAGCUCAAACUGGUAGUGUCAUCCCCUCUGCUUCCUGCCUGAAUGAAGUCCAGAGCCUGCCUCCGGUACCCAGGCUAUGUUCAGUACUUCUGCCUUCCUCCUCCUACCUCCAAAUCUACUCAUCCCAGUCCUGCAGCAGGCCUGCCUUUUCUCAUACCACUUUACAUCUGGAAUAGCCAACCUGCCCCUCCCACUCUACGUCUGGAAAGCCCAGCUCAAAAGCACCAUUUUUGUCAUCAUUGCCCCUCUCCCCAGGUCUUUCUAAUUCCUUCCUUCGCAUUGCUUCUCUGGACUCCCCCACACACCUCCCUGCUCAUCCCAAAUUCAGGAGCUUCUCAGAGCCAUCGUUUUAUGUUUAUGCUUGUAAGACCUGAUGACUCCCCACCAAGCAUCCUGCCAAUUUCCUUAGAACCUUUGCUCAUGACAAUUCGAGAUGAGUGUUACCUGCUGGGGAAAGAGAUCUGUAUCUGGGGCCUUCAGCUGAGUAACCCAGAGAUUGCCAGACUGGCUUCACUUCUGGAAUUGAAGGGGCGCGCCACCUGCCCAUUUACCACCCUGGAACUCAUUGACUGCAGGAUGGAUCUGUGGUCUCUGCAGAGACUGGGCAGGGCUCUGCCAUGCAGCUAUUUGCAUUCUCUUGUCCUGGAUUACUGCAGAUUUGGAAAUGGAGAAAUUGAGAGUAUUUUCUCAGGCCUGGAGAACAACCAAAGGCUUCAAGUCCUCAGUCUGCGCUACUGUGGUCUGGGGCCACAAAGCGGUCAGCGGCUGGGCUCCAUCAUAUGCCAGAGCUCCAUUUGUGAGCUGCACCUUGAUGGCAAUUACUUACAGUGUUCUGGAGCCCUGGCUCUCCUCAGACCCAUAGCAGAGUACGCAGAGAUGCAGGGGGAAGACCAGCCAGACACCAGGAACUCCCCUCAGCAGCUGCAGGCCAAACAGAGGGCAAGUUCAACUUCGAACCGGAUUACAAAGCCAUCUGGUGCUGAAACAGGGAAAACUGCUUCAGGGAAGGAGAGGAGAAAAAAAGGAAUCAAAAAAAUUAAAGAUUCGGCUGGUCCUUGGUUAGUGAAAUUGUAUUUGGCAGAUAAUGGCAUAGAUGGAAAAGGAAAAGAAGGAGAAAAUGGCUUGUUGGAAUUCACGCAAAUUUUAACAUGCCUGAUCAAAUACUCUGCUCACUUAAGGGAAAUUGACCUUGGAAACAAUGUCCUGGGAGAAAUGGCUGCUACUGACAUACUUGAAGCAUUAAGAGCCAGAAAGACAGGAAGCUCCCAGAGAACACAUUUGAGCAAAAUGCGAAUAAACCACAAAGAUGAAGAAUCUAGAAUCCAGAAAUCAGGAGAACCAAUAUAGAAAAGUGGAAAAGAGAGUCCCAGGGGCACCUGACUGGUCCAAUUGGUUAAGUGACUCUUGAUUUUGGCUCAGGUCAUGAUCUCACCAUCUCACCAUUUGGUGCGUGAGACUGAGCCCUCAUUGGUCUCCACGCUAAUGGUGUAGAGCCUGCUUGGGAUUCUCUCUCUCUCUCUCUCUCUCUCUCUCUCUCUCUCUCUCUCUCUCUCUUCCUCUCCCCUACAUCCCUUUCUAUCUCUGUGCCCCUCCCCUGAGCUCUCUCUCAAGAUAAAUAAACUUAAAAGAAAAAAAAAAGAAAAAGAAAACAGAAUCCCAGAUGAUGGUUGAAGAUCAGAACUAGUACAAAUGGACAGAAAAAUAGAAGACUUUGGAAAGGAGGAAUACUGUGGUAAAAACUGAAUCGAGCUUUGGAAAUACUUAAGUAUUUUGCAAGAAAUACUAAUGGGUGUAUGAAAAAUAAAAGAAAUUGGGGGAAAUAUUUAGAAUUGGUACACAGGAAACUGUGCAAAUGAAAAAUUAACACUAUUAACUCAGAAGAAAGUUAUAUAAUUGGGGCACCUGACUGGCUCAGUCAGUAGAUCAUGUGAUUCUUGAUCUCAGAUUGUUCAAACUCCACAUUAGGUGUAAAGAUUACCUAAAAAUAAAAUCUUAAAAGUUUUAUGACUAAGAAAAAUACUGUGAACAAAAUAUAUAUGACCAUACCAGUCAAUACAACAAGUGUUGAUUUAACUAAAAAUUUUGAAAUAGAACUGUUGAGAGGUUUGGUGAGAAGACAGGGUAACAGUCAAUAUGUAAAAUGUUUAAUGGAAAUAUCAUAUAAUAUAAAAAGCACUUUCUUUGGAGUAAGGCAGUAAAUCUCACGAAAAACAGCUAAAUGAAUGAGUAUCAAGGAGGGCACUUGUGAUGAACACUGGGUGUUAUGUGUAAGUGAUAAAUCACCAGAUUCUGCUCUUGAAAUCAAUAUUCCUCUAUAUGUUAACUAACUAGAAUUUAAGUAAAAACGUGAAACCAAAAAAAAAAAAAUAAUACAAAAGAAAAAAACAACAGCUGAAUGAGUUAAAAGUGGUUUUCUUUGGAGGAAAAGCCUGAGGGAAGGGAAAGGGUCUGUUGUUUUUCAGUAUGAACUUUUUAGCCCUAUUUGAUUUUUUAGCUAUAUGUAUGCAUUACUUUGAUUACAUUUUUAGAGAAUUGAAAAGUGCAUAGCUUUUUAAAAAAAUCUUUUUCAAUGUUUAUUUUUGAGAGACAGAGAGAAAGAGAG